ACAACCAUGCCUGAAUACUUGCAGAAGCGAUUCGGGGGGAAGCGAAUACAAUUAUUCAUAGCUAUUUUGUAUUUAUUCAUUUACAUCUUCACAAAGAUAUCGGUGGAUAUGUAUGCUGGGGCAGUGUUUAUUCAACAGGCCCUGCAGUGGAACAUCUAUGUAGCUGUGGUGGUGCUUCUGCUCAUCACUGCUCUUUACACUGUAACAGGUGGUCUGGCUGCUGUCAUGUACACAGACGCUGCCCAGACUGGCAUCAUGUUGAUAGGAGCACUCACCCUCAUGGGCUUCAGUUUCGCUGAGGUGGGGGGCUGGAACGCCCUCCUAGAGGGGUAUGCUACGGCCAUCCCCUCUGUCCGCGACCCUAACACCACAUGUGGCAUCCCCCGGGACGACGCCUUCCACCUGUUCCGUGACCCUGUGACCUCUGACCUGCCCUGGCCGGGCAUCCUCCUGGGCAUGUCCAUACCCUCCAUGUGGUACUGGUGCUCAGACCAGGUGAUAGUGCAGCGCUCCCUGGCUGCUAAGAACCUGCUCCAUGCUAAAGGAGGCUCCCUGCUGGCUGCCUACCUCAAGAUCCUGCCCUUCUUCAUGAUGGUCCUGCCCGGCAUGAUCAGCAGAAUACUCUACCCAGACGAGGUGGCGUGUGGUGACCCUGAGGUGUGUACUGAGGUGUGUGGGAACCCAGUGGGCUGUUCAGACAUCGCCUACGCCAAACUGGUCAUGAAGCUACUGCCCUCAGGUCUGCGUGGUCUGAUGAUGGCGGUGAUGAUUGCUGCUCUCAUGUCCUCCCUCACCUCCAUCUUCAACAGCUCCAGCACCAUCUUCACCAUGGACCUGUGGAGGCAUGUCCGGCCCCGAGCAACCGAGUGGGAACUCAUGCUCGUGGGAAGGAUGUUUGUGCUGGUUCUGGUGGUGGUGUCAGUGCUCUGGAUCCCUGUGGUCCAGGCCAGUCAGGGAGGACAGCUGUUUAUCUACAUCCAGUCCAUCAGUACCUAUCUCCAGCCCCCUGUUUCCAUCGUCUUCCUGACUGGAUGCUUCUGGAAGAGGACCAAUGAGAAGGGGGCUUUCUGGGGCCUGUUCCUGGGCCUACUGGUGGGCGGUGUGAGGAUGGCCCUAGACUUUAUCUAUCCCUCACCACUGUGUUACCAGGAGGACAGCAGGCCUGAUGUGGUGAAACAUGUCCACUACCUCUACUUCUCCACCGUUCUGUCUCUGCUCACCCUGGUGGUGGUGGUGGGAGUCAGCCUGGCCACGGAGAAACCCCGCCCAGAGCAGAUCAGCCGACUCACCUGGUUCACCAGAUUUGAUAAGGUGGAGAAGAGCAGUGGAGCUUUAGAGACAGUAGAGACUGUGACUAGUGCUACAGAGACCGAGGAGAGUGCAGAGCAGGAGAUAGAAGACAGAGUGCAGGAGAAGGCUAACGGAGAGACACACCUCCAGAGGAAAGUCUCCUCAGAAGCCAGUGUGAGGAGCCAGUCCAGGCUGAAGGCCGCCCUCUACUGGCUGUGUGGGAUGGAGCGGCAAAAGGAGGGUGACAGCGCCCCACAACCCCCUCUUCUUCUCGACCCCGCUAGCUCUCUGGAAGAGGACCCAUGCCUUAGCCACGUGGUCGACGCCAACCUCAUCAUCUGCCUCUCCAUCGCAGUCUUUAUCAUUGGCUACUGGGCCUAGUGAGGAAUUCUCAACAGCCAAUGAUAUUGGCAGGGACAGGUGGUGCUUGGCCAUUGCUGCAGCAUCAUCGGAAAGCUGCUGAAGUGUCACAGUAAAUGCUGUUAUUUAUUAUUGUAUAAUAGCAAUGUAUAGUUUUUUUUAUAACCCCAGCCACUCUCAGCCCAUCCCACCCCUCAGCCACUCUCAGCCCAUCCCACCCCUCAGCCACUCUCAGCCCAUCCCACCCCUCAGCCACUCUCAGCCCAUCCCACCCUCAGCCACU